AUGCGUCCUGGCGCCCACCCUCUUCUGUCUUAUGUUCUCUAUCCUGCUGAUGAACGCCCCGGGAUCCGCAUCGCCUACAGGACGGACGGUCACCUUCUGAAUCAACGGCGGAUGCACUUCCAAUCGCGCGUCUCCACAACCACCGUUCACGAACUUCUCUUCGCCGACGACUGCGCCCUGAACACCACCUUGGAAUGGGACAUGCAACGGAGCAUGGACCUCUUCUCCGCCGCCUGUGAGAACUUCGGCCUGGUCAUCAACACGCAGAAGACGGUGGUGAUGCACCAACCGCCGCCCAACUCAGCCAUUUCUCCCAACGCGCCGCAAAUAAACGUGAACGGAAUCCAACCACAAGUGGUGGAUAACUUCACGUAUCUUGGCAGCACCAAGAUCGACGAUGAGGUGGCCCGCAAGAUUUCGAAAGCCAGUCAGGCCUUCGGCCGUCUUCAAAGCACAGUUUGGAAUCGUCACGGUUUCCAGCUCAGCACGAAACUGAAGAUGUACAAGACCGUCAUCCUCCCGACGCUGCAGUACGGAUUAGAGACUUGGACGGUGAACAUGAAGCAGGCACGUAGACUAAAUCACUUCCAUCUCAGUUGUCUUCAGUGA